AAUGCCUAAAACGAGGUCCACUUCCUCUUUGGUCACACAUCUGGCUAGAGUGAUCCAGGGAAAAGAAGUGCCUGAACCAUCUCUUUGAAGGGAGAAAAAAAACGGAUUGGACUUCCUGGACUUGAGUUCUGGAAAACUUACUGACGAACAGCAGUCAUGAGUGAGGUGGCCCAGAAUUUCUUACAUACUGCUCUGCAACAAUUGGCCUGCCAUUUCACGUGGGAUUUAAAGAAGGAAGACAUCACCCUCGACGAUUUGGAAGAUAGAAUCUCUGAUCAGAUUGAGUUUCUCUUCACAAAAUCCAAAUUUACCUCAUACAACCUCUUGGCUUAUGCCAAGUACUUAAAAGGCCAAAAUGAGGAAGCCUUGGAAAGCUUGAGAAAUGCAGAAGAGGAAAUUCAGAUGUAUUCCAAAGGAGAAGCUGAAACUCGACAUCUGGUUAUCUGGGGAAACCGUGCCUGGAUACAUUACCACAUGGGCAAUCUUGCUAAAGCUCAAAACUACGUAGACAGGGUAGAGAGAAUGUGCAGCAAGCUUUCAAGCCCCCACCGCUACAAGGUGGAGCGGCCAGAAAUCUUCUGUGAAGAAGGCUGGGCACUAUUAAAGUUUGGAGGGAAACAUUAUGAAAGGGCUAAGGUGUGUUUUGAAAAGGCUCUGGAACAAGAACCUGACAACCCAGAGUUCAAUUCUGGCUUUGCCAUCACGGUAUAUCGUCUAGAUAACUUGGACAGACAAAACCAUUUUGGUAAAUGUUUCUCCCUAGAGCCUCUGAGGCAGGCAGUCAGGCUGAAUCCAGGUGACUCAUACGUCAAGGUCCUUCUUGCCUUGAAGCUUCAGGACUUACAAAAGGAAGCUGAAGGAGAAAAGUACAUCCAAGAGACCUUAGAUGAGCACUCAUCGUCACCUUACGUCCUCCGCUACGCGGCCAAAUUCUACAGAAGGAAGGGCUGUGUCGAUACAUCUCUGGAACUUUUACAGAAGGCAUUGAAGAUUACACCCAAGUCUGCCUUCCUGAACCAUCAGAUAGGGCUUUGCUACCGGGCACAAAUGAUUGAAAUAAAACAAGCUGCAAAUUACAAGCCACAAGGCACAAAUAAAGAGAAGAUGAAGAAAUUAGUUAGAUCUGCCAUAUUUCAUUUUGAAUUGACACUGGAACAGAGACCAAACUUUAUAUUUGCCAAAAUAGUCCUCGCUAGCAUGUAUGCAGAAUUAGGUGAGCAUGAAAAAGCAGACGACAUUUUCCAGAAAAUAUUACAGAUGGAGAAAAUGGAAGAUACUGAUAAACAAGCAGCCCACUUGUACUAUGGUCGCUUUCAAGAGUUUCAAAUGAAAUCUGAAAGCAAUGCCCUUAUUCACUAUGUAAAAGGGCUAAAAAUAACAAAAGACUCAGAGGUAAAUGAAAAACUUAAAACUUUAGUGCAGAAAAUAGCCAAAAAGCGACUGAGGCAAAACACGUCGGAUUCGGAGAGUUUGGGUCUCCUCGGGUUCGUUCACCAGCUGCAGGGAGAAAUAAAAGAAGCGAUUGACUGCUACCAGAAAGCCCUGAAGCUGGAUCCCACUAACGAUGAAUACUUCAGUGCCUUGUGUCUCCUGCAGCUCAAAAUAAAAGCCCAGGCUUUUGAUUAAUUAACCCAUCUCCCUCAUGAAUGCUCUCCUGAGCAUUCUCUUCCAAAAAUAAGUGUGAAUGGUGCUAUCUUUUCCAACAACUAUACUCAAUAUGUUAUUUUAAAAUAUUUUUGUUGGACUUUGUUCAUUGACUUUUUUUCACUCCCCUUUCCCUUGGAGAGUAGGGGAAAUCUGCUGAUUUCCUACUUUUUUAGAUGCUCUGAGCUUUUGCCCUAGAAGUUUUUAAAUUGACUUUCUUAAAAGAUUGGUUAGGAAAUGAUUGAUCGACAGCAAUACCAGAUUGCCAUUCCCCUUUAUCUUCAUCAUUUUGUUUUGGAAUGGUUGUAGUAAUAAGAGUUAAGUACUGGACAUGGGAGUUUUCUAUCCGAUCAAUGGGCAACUCUGUUGGUAAAGAUUCCACCUCCUCCUAGAAGACAAAUGAACCUCCUCUCUGUAACAACAGCUGGCCAAAUUCCAUUACUGGGGAUUGCCCUCCAUCUAUCACUUUACCACUGAGCAACCCUCUUCCGACAAAAGCCGAAGUUCAGUACUCUUAGGAUUCACCUAAAGUGAACCCGCAAAACAGUAUGGAUACAAGGGCUGGGUGACAUUGAUCCGUCUUAUAACCUUCCAAUAAAUUUCAAUACAACUGCAA